AUGAUCGCACUGCGUAUGGCAAUCAUUGAGGAUGGAGUCACAGAAGUAGAGAGAUGUUAUACUGGAGAUGGACUAUUGCCUGGAAUCAAUAGUCGCAGCUUCACUGUGAAAAUUGGUCCUAUAUUGAGCUCCCGCGGACAGGAGUUAGAUUUCAAGACCAUAGAUUUUCUGAGGACUCGGCUUGUCCACAACGAAGUGGUGGUUCAGCACAAGUACAAGAGACCAGACGACCUGCACGUGGCCUCCAGACUCGUCUUACCUGGGUACCCAAGUAAAAGAUACAUUGUUGCACCAUCCAAGACUAUCUCCGGUGCCAUACCGGCUGCUAUAAGUGGCGAGGGCUUUGUAAUUGCCAUCGGAGGAGACAAAGGCGUCAGACCUGAGGGAAGUCGAAAGGAUGUGGCGGCUAAUUUGGAAAUGCUAUCGCAUGAGGCGGAGGCACGUCGUGUGGCACUGAAACAGGCAGCUGAGGGCGCUAUGGCGGAUGCGUAUGCAAAGGGUCUAGUGCCGAGCCGCGUGCCAGAAGAGAUGAAAGAGGUGCAUGCCACAGCUGCGGACACACAACAACGUGUAUCUGAAGUUAUGAGCGAAGCCCAAAGACUCCAGAAGGAAGCGUACCCGCCAAUACAUGAGAGUACAAGUAUGAACUCGCCUAUCAAGAAGAUGCGUUCAGAGCUGGGACAGCUGCUUCCGGACGGGGCAGAUAACAGCUCUAGCACAACGUCGGGUUUUCACGCACUCAGCAUCGUGUUACGUUGCGGUCUGGUGUACGGGUUUGAGCGGAAGCGAGUCGAAUAUAUCUGCCAAACUUAGUUUGCUGAGUGCCCUGAUGUUGAGAAAUCACCAGACCCUCCGGAUAUGUAUGAUGAACAAAGAGAAUACGACCCGGAAGGCUGGAAACUGUUGAUGGAAUGAAAAGAAGAGGAUUACCAUGUGCUGGAGACCCGAUUCCCAUGGAAACUCAAAGGAGAAGCCACUGCCACUGAUUUUCCAUACCGACUGGCCUGGAAACGACGUCGAAAUUAAUGUCGACUGUGCUAUCAGUCGCCUGCGAAAUACAGACUUCAAUCAAAAAACAGCAAAACAUCAAACCAAUUUCUUAUUACAUACCAUUGCAUGAAAACCGAAAGGUUCUUGAGUGCAUGGUUUCUAGAACGGGAGAUGUUUCCCGGAGGAGUAAGAAAAGCUCAUCCAGGAAAUCAUCACCCUACAGCACAUUUACUAUGA